UCCAAUCCCUGUUCGCCGGGCCGCGUUCGGUAUAACGCACGGGCACUCCCAACUAUUUUACGUUCCUUGCAUAAAUCCGCCAUCCUUCUAGUCCUCCCCAACAACCAUCCAUAUCCCUCCACUGUUCCACCCGCCUUCCUCAACAACUUUUAUGUUCAACCCGAGGCGCCCCCACCGCUAUGCUAUCCCUUUCCUUUCCUUUCCUUACAAGCAAUCCUGUCCGUCUAUUCCAUUUCAUCAACCCUACUGCCCCCUCAUUUUCCUCGCCCUUUUUUUUUUUCUGGGUCCUCUAUUCCACUCCAUGCUCCUCCGCUUGCUUUCCCCUCCUCCUGGAGCUCCUUGGCCUUGAACCCAUGACUCCCCUCUCUCCUCCGCCGCCGUCCUCCGCCCCUCCCGCCACCCCCGCUGAGAUCCUGGACCUCAUCCUCCAGCACCUCCUCCCUGUCCUCCUCGUCGCCGCCCUCUCCGUCAAGUCCUUCGUCGGCCGGUGGCGGCUCCUCCACUCCAAGCUCUCCCUCCUCCAGUCAUCCCUCGCCGACGCCGCCAGCUCCCCCCAUUGGCCGGCCAACCCCCUAUUCGUCGAUCUCCUCCCACCCCUACUAUCCACUCUCCGCUCCCUCCAAUCCCUCUCCGCCCGCUGCCUCGACCCCUCUCUCCCCGCCGGCAAGCUCCUCCUUCAGAGCGACCUCGACAUCGCCCCCGGCCCCUCUGCCUCCCGCGCCGACCUAGUCCUCUUCGUCCGCGACCUCUUCGCCCGCCUCCAGAUCGGUUCCAUCGACCUCAAGAACAAGGCCCUCGACUCCCUCCUCCAGCUCCUCGCUUCCGAUCCGCCCAAACUCGCCCCCAUCGUCGCCGCCGAGGGCGACCUCCCCUCCCUCGUCCGCCUCCUCGACCCGUCCGCCCACUCCCUCAUCCGUGACCAGGCUGCCGCGGCCGUCUCCCUCCUCGCCACCGCCUCCGACGUCUCCCGCCGCGCCGUCUUCGAGGAGGGCGCACUCGGCCCCCUCCUCCGCCUCCUCGACUCCGGUUCCCUUAGCGUCCGCGAGCGCGCCGCCGCCGCGAUUGAGGCCAUCACCGCCGAUCCGACCAACGCCUGGGCCGUCUCCGCCUACGGUGGCGUCCAGAUCCUGAUCGCCGCCUGCCGGUCGGGAUCCGGAUCCCCCGCCAUCCAGGCCCUCGCCGCCGGGUCCCUCAAAAACAUCUCCACCAUCGAUGACAUCCGGAGCGCCAUGGCUGAGGAGGGCGCUGUCCCGGUCUUGAUCGAUCUCCUCCUCUCCGGCACCCUCGACGCCCAGAAGAACGCGGCCCUCUGCGUCUGGUCCCUCGCCUCCACCGGUGGCGAGGAGAUCCGGGCCUCCAUCGUCCGGGAAGGGGCCCUACAGCGGCUCAUCGAGCUGCUCCGCGAGGCAUCGGAUCCGGAAGCGAUGGAGCACGCCCUGAGAGCGAUCCACGCCCUCUCCACCUCCCCCGCCGCCGCCAAAGCCCUUUCCUCUUCGCCGGGAUUCUUUGCCCAACUCACCGAUCUGAUCCGCCGCGGCAGCGCUGCCACCCAGCAGACGGCGGCGGCUGUUUUCUGCAACCUCUCUCCCGGCGACGACGUCAAGCGGUCCAUGGCAGGGUGCAUGGCGUCGCUCAUCAAGAUGCUGGAGUCCUCGAAGCCGGCGAGCGCUCAGGAGGUGGCCGCCCGGGUGUUGGUUUCGCUGCUGGCCGUCCGAUCGAACCGGAAGGAGCUAUCAAGGGACGAGAAGAGCGUGACGAGGUUGGUCCAGAUGCUGGACCCAAGAAACGUAGAGGUCGGCAAGAAGUUCCCGGUGUCAGUGGUGCUGGCGCUCGCCGCCGGUGGCGGCGUAGGCUGCCGGCGAAGGAUCACGGAGGCCGGCGCCUGCCAGCAUCUCCAGAAGCUUGCAGACGCCGAGGUCGCCGGGGCUAAGAAGGCGUUGCAAAAGAUCGCCGGGAGCCGGCUAAAGAGCUUCUUCUCCAUGGCUUGGUGGGAGUGAACAGUAAGCACUAUGUCCACAGUAACUAACCCGAUCCGCCAUUAAGGCAUUGAUGGCGGGAAGGCUAACUGUUGGGGAGGUGAAGAAAAAAUGAUUAAAUUAAUAGAGAACAAAAGGAAUAUGAGAAUGAUAGGAGUUAUGGUAAAGCAAAAGAGAAAGGAGUUUCCGUUGCAAAUAGACUGUAAUUUGGUAUUGUUAGGUACAGUGACAAAAGAGAAGCCUGGAUGCGGCGUUUUAGGAAGUAUCCUUGUGCUAUUUAUUAUUUUAAUUUUUUGGCUGUGUUUUUUUGUCUUGAUUUGUCAUAAACCAGUGUUUAUUUUGGGUUUCAGUUUCAACUGUGUCGUUUCCGUUGUAAACGAGUCUGUUGAAGGGAUGGCAGGAGCCAUGUAGGUUUUGUUUACUAUUUCGCUUGUAUGGCCGGUGCUGCAGAGUUUGGCCAAAGACUCGGUUUGUAUUUAUCUGCUUGUUUUCGUAACAAGACAUCGUUGUGUUUGAUCGACUCCAAUCCUUGAAUUGGUUUUUGUCCAUGUAGUCUAAUCUUUGUAUAUGAUACUAUAGUGUUAUUUGUGUA